UUCUGCUCAAUGAUUUCCGUAAUCUGGUGAAUGCCGAUAGGUUUAAGCCUUCAGUUGCGGAAUCAACAUAGCUUUUCUAGGUUUGACAAGAUUUUAAAUCAUACACUUUGCCAAUAUAGCUAAACUAGGUAUGGGCACUUAGUCUUCUACAUCUUCUUCUUCAAUUAGGUUAGUGAAAGAAACGCACGAUGGUGCACAGUGGUGCGUACCUUUCGCACUAUCUGCUGCGACCACCUCCGUCAUCGUCAGCAAUAUCUCAGCUGUAUUCUACCGCCAUCGUUGCUAGUAGCUGUCGCCGUCGGAAAACUACUGUCUUUCGAGAGACAUCCGGCAAAUCAGCUCCGCUGCUAAAAACCCGAAAUUUGUCAAUUCAGAUUGUGGCUGCCGCAGAAAAACUAAGAUCCCUGUAUGGUCUGAAGCUGCAAGAACUGGCAAAGGUGGUCUUAUUAUCUAGAUUUGAGAGGGACUCAGUCCCCAGAGCAAAACUACUCCUACUUGACCAGUCGAGGUUAGAUUGAGACCUGUCACUGAGAAUAACACUGUGAGACUGUGAUAGGGACGGAUCUCGAGAGGCACAUACUAACACCUAACACAUAGCACGUGGUUUUCGAGGAGCGUUAAGAGAUUAGUAGAUCUAGCGAUCGUAGUAGUAAGGGCAGCGGAGAGUGAAGGAUAAUCAAGAGGUUAGCUUAUACGGCAAAAGCAAUGUAUUCCGAAACAAUCUCGGAAUUGGACACGAUAGCCAAUGUGAUCGGUCUGCGGGGUGUAGGAACGAGUACAUUAACGAAGUUUGUCGAUAUGUGGUACCACGUCUUCCUGUGGGCUCUGUUCUCGUCGAUUGUUAUUCAUACCGGUGCAGCGGUAAUUGCGUUCGUGACGCUGCGUAAGCACAAGUUCGGUCGGUUCUUCUCAAUUUUUAUCCUAGUGAUGGGUGUCGUAUCUCCAGUUACCGGAGGCACCGUCAGUAGUGCCACCAUUGCCUUUGUACAUAGAGCCUCGAAUCUACCGAUGUCGCCUAUUCUGGCGAUGGUGUACGGUGUCGGGCAGACCAUACUGUCUGCUUGUCUCGGGUUCACGCGGCUGCUGGCAACACUGUAAAUGCUAUUCGUAUCCCAUGCACACGGUCUGCCAGGGCGGACAACAUCCCACUUAAAUACAAAUACAUCCAUUCAUGUAAACGUAAACACAUCUAAAUUAUUGUACUAGUGGAAAUUCUAAAUAGAACAAAAAACGUUAGCCAUUUUACGAUAGUCCAGUUUUUAUCAAAAUGCGCAAGAGAAGAAGGAAAAAACGAACGAAUAGAGCAUCCCUCGGGAGAACCACAUAAGGGCCAUAUAUCUCGACGCGACACGAGACAAGGUUAAUAUCUAUUUCAAUAAAAAUAAUAUUGUUUUAAAACAAUGAUACAAGCUAAUCUGUUGUAACAGGCAAAGACGGAAGGAAACAAAGCUAAGACUAAAAGGAAUAAGCCACUAGCAGCUAAAGGGAGAGACAAAAAAAGGAAAAGAAAAGAGGCAGAAACGAUUAUUAUACAUAGUCAAAACAACAAGAAAUGAAAUAGUGAUAUAUACCUAAAACAAAUAAUUGAAACUAAUUAGUAGAAACAAUUAAAUGGGAAAAAGAGCAAACCUAGUUAAAGCAAAUCAAACGCCACUAAAGCAAAACCUAAAUGUGCUAUUUACCGACCAUUAUCAUCGUUAUCAACCUGGCAUCAUCAUGGUCAUCAUUGCGCUUUCGAUACAUCAUUCGCCUCUCUUGUGUUCUGUAUCUUUUUCCCAUUUUUAUCACGGACUCUGCUAAAACUGCAUCACUGUCCGCCAUAUCUCUGUAUAAUGUAGAAACGGGAAACAUCGUUGCGCCACAAAAAUAUUUAUUUGUCAUUUUGUGCUUUCUCCCAUUGUCUAUAUCUACACAUAUUGGUUUCUGUCAGUCUCUCAAAUAGUAGAAAUAGUUAUAUUCACUAAUUAUUAGUUUUCCUUUUUCUCGUUCCUGUUGUUCGACUUUCCUCUUGACAUUCGCCGUAGAAUUAGUAUAGUGAAGAAAUAAGUUUUGUAUAUUUGUUCCACUAGCUUAGUUUCAACUCUGCAUAUUUAUUAGUAGGUAGAGAGGGCUUGUAUGUAUAUUUUUGUUUAGUUUUUUUUAUCGAUGAUAAAAAUGAAGAAGAGGAAAAGUCAAAAUUUAUCCAAUGUGUAUCUUCAUUACUAUGCGGAAAAGUGUAAAGAAUCAGUAACUGAUAAUUUUGAGAGUGAUUUAGGAAUCGAACGAUUGGUUUAUUUGGGAGAAAAAAAUAAACGAUAAGCAUCAUCCAAGAAGUUAUGAAGGAAAGAUCAUUGUGUUAAAGCCAAAGUCAAAUUAUCUUUAAAUUAAGGUAAUUAUUUGCUGUGACAAGCAAUGGCAACACAAUAUCUAUCACAAGCUACACUUCUUCUUGGAUGCAUAAAUUGGAGCAGGUUUUAAUCAUAAAUAAAUAAAAGUCAAUGAAUCGAUAGUAAAAA